UCUAUGAAAACACGGGCACAGAGAACAGCGUUGCUAAUUUUCACAGAUACCUCACGGAGAACAGUCCUGUCAGCUUGAAUAAGAACCUCUUAAAGCUUGUCAUUGAGAAAUCCACUGGUGAUUUUAAUGUCCUGGUGCAAUACUCCACCUACUUCACCACUCUGAUGGUUUCAGGAUUUAAGUUAAAUCUGUUUUAUUACAAAUUAAAGGGCUACGAUAGUAAAGUAAAGGCACAAGAAGCAGUCACACAACUGUACAACACUUUAUCAAGCAUACAGGAUGCCUUGAUCGAGUGUGCUGGUGACUUUGAGAAAUGGGCUUACAAAGACGCUGUGAAAAUUAGCAGUCGGCGAUUCUCAGAUACCAAAAUGCUAACUUCAGAUAUAAAGAAUCAUUUGGAGAGGAAGUUUCACUGGUUCAAAUGGGUAGUAAUCGCCCACUCAAAAGAAGCAAAAAAUGAGUUUACCUUUGGACAGUCAAUUUACAUUGAUGUUCAAGAAAAGACAUCAGUUCACUUAAUUCAUCAAGAAAAGGGCUCUGCUGUCGAUCAAAUUAUUAAGGAGAAUGUUAGAUCUAGUUUGCGAAAAGAAUUGAGUCAGAUUCUUCCUCCGCAGUGUGAAACAAUGAAGGACAAGCUGCUCCAUAGGUUUGGCGCUAAAGUUAUAAGCCACACACUGUUUCUUCAUGCUGUUACAAAACCAUCAGAUUAUGCACAGACAGACGUGGCAGAUAUUGAGCUGAGCUGUCUAUAUGGUGAAAGAAACUUUAAUUUCUUCCUCAAAGGAAAGAAUACUGUGGUGAAGCCUCCCUGCUCAGAUGUGAAUUGUAACAAUGGAGAAUGUAAAUCCAUCAAGGACACCACAAUUGUAUUCUGCAAGUGCCAUAAGAUGUUCCAUGGUCCGGCUUGUGAGGAGAGCGUCCAAAAUAUUAUCAACUAUGAAGCUCUUGAAGGUGAAAUCAAUGGGAUCAUGUUUAAACCAGUCCCUGAUCUGACAGCAAUUUAUUUUAGUAUUAAGGAGCUGAAGGACUACACAAAAGCAAUAGUUGAGUCUGUACAACAUGAUAUCCAGUGGACACAAAUCUUUGUGAAAUACAGCAGUGUGAUUCAGAAGUUCCGCUACAUCAACACACUUAAUGCACGACUUAAAAACAGCACCAUAACUCAACGCCACUAUAUUUCUGAAGUUGGAGCUCAGUUCACAGGGGGAAACUCAUUUCAGUUUUAUCUCACAGACUUUCACCACAUGAUGAUGGGCACUGGAUUUGGAGACAGACAAAACAUUCUGGAUCUUUUUCGCAAGUCGCUGGUUCAGGACCAGUCUGGUGAACAAGCAGAGUGCACAAAAUACUAUAGUGACCAGAUUGAUUAUUUUGUGCGCUACAUGUUCGCCCUUGAAAUGGAAGCAGUUUUAGCUUGGUCUAAAUAUUUACUGAUCACUGGAAAAUCAGAGGACAUUGAAUUUGUUGAGAAGACUUUCAAGGACUAUGUGACACAGCAGUGGAGACUCUUUAACAAAAAUGGAUGUGGCCCUCUAAAGGCUAAGGAUCUAAAGAACGAUUACUGCGAGAAGCCGUACCACAGCACAGCCCAGCAGCAGGUGAAACUGAAGUGUGCUGGAUUAUACAAGCCCUUCCCCGAGACGGUGCGGUGCUCCGAAGCUCAGUGGAGCGCCCUACCUGUGUGCUACACCGAGCAGGUAAACGGGCAAGUCGAGUGCAAAUCUGAAGGUGGAGCCACUGUCUGCAGGGCCUCGUGCUUGCCUGGCUGGGGCUCUGCCAAAAACCCUCUGCCCGCUGAAUACAAAUGCUCAAAGCUGCCCUGUCCAUCCUUCACACCUCAUCAGUGUAAUGACUGCACACAAAACAGCGUUUGUAAGGACCAUGAGGUCUGCACUGGCACCUACGGCACAUGUCGCGAUGCAUGUCUGGUUAAACCCUGUGGAGUGAACGCCAAGUGCUUCUCCGGCAAUCACGAGAGGCGCUGCACCUGUGUGAGCCCAUGGAAAGGAGACCCAUACCAAGGCUGCAAGAGUCAGGACCUCCAGUGGGUUCAGACCGGAGGCAUGCCGAGCAAUGCCGUUCGUUCUAAAACUCAUCUUGCGGUGUGCAAAACCUAUGGACCUGACGGCGGAUGGCACAGUGGAUUUGUAAGGGGUCAACAGUGCAUAUAUGAAUAUAACUGGAUAAUGUAUAAGGGCAAGAGCUAUCAGUGGAAAGAGUGA